CUGAGGGCUCGCAGCUUGCAGCCCAUCGGCCCCGAGACCGGCGUGGCCAUCUGCAGGGUCGCCAUGUCGUCGGUGUUCGGCAAGCCCCGAGCGGGCAGCGGGCCGCACAGCGUGCCCCUCGAGGUCAACCUGGCCAUCCUGGGGCGCCGCGGGGCGGGCAAGUCUGCCCUGACUGUGAAGUUUCUCACCAAGAGGUUUAUCAGCGAAUAUGACCCCAAUUUGGAGGACACCUACAGCUCUGAGGAGACUGUGGACCACCAACCUGUCCACCUGAGGGUCAUGGACACUGCAGAUCUGGACACCCCCAGGAACUGUGAGCGCUAUCUAAACUGGGCCCAUGCCUUCCUGGUGGUAUACAGUGUCGACAGUCGUCAGAGUUUUGAGAGCAGCAGCAGCUACCUGGAGUUGCUGGCCUUGCAUGCCAAGGAGACGCAGCGCGGCUACCCUGCCCUGCUGCUGGGCAACAAACUGGACAUGGCCCAGUACAGGCAGGUCACCAAGGCUGAGGGCGCGGCCUUGGCAGGCAGGUUCGGGUGCCUGUUUUUUGAGGUCUCUGCCUGCCUGGACUUCGAGCAUGUGCAGCAUGUCUUCCAUGAGGCGGUGCGGGAGGUGCGCCGGGAGCUGGAGAAGAGCCCCGCGGCCCGGCCCCUCUUCAUCUCUGAGGAGAAAGCCCUGUCUCACCAGACCCCGCUCACAGCCCGACAUGGGCUGGCCAGCUGCACUUUCAACACUCUGUCCACGAUCAGCCUGAAGGAGAUGCCCACUGUGGCCCAGGCCAAGCUGGUCACUGUGAAGUCAUCCCGGGCCCAGAGCAAGCGCAAGGCACCCACCUUGACCCUACUGAAGGGCUUCAAGAUCUUUUGAGGACCCUUCUACAGGAACCUCAGGCUCGACUGAUGCUUGGGGCUGCAGGGCAGGGGCUGCCUUGCCUUCCGAUGUACCAGAGGCCCUUAUGCUCGGGUCCAUAGCAGACUCCACCUCCAGCACCAAGCAGUCCCGACAUGCUCACUGUGUGAGCCAGAGGGACAGGCAGGUAUGCUGCUCUGAGUCCCUCCAGGCCUUGGGCUUCAUGGUAACCUCUGCAUCCACCACCCUGGAGAGAAGCUGCCCCUGUUACCAACCAGAGACCUGGAACCAGGAGCGAGCAGAAAGGAACUGCGGUGCAUAUCCUGUGCCAAGACUCUCGUCUGCUCCAGCCACUGUUAGGCCCCCUGCAGCCCCGGUUCAAAGCAGCUUUAUCUAUGUGAAGGCCUGUAGCAGUUUACAGGAUGGCUGGCCCUGGGGCCCUACUUCCACCUGGUGGUAGAAAGAGGUAGGGCAGUUGUCCGGAGGCCCAAAGCUGGUGCCUCCCGUGUCUUCUGAUGUCUUAAAACCCCAGGCUACAAACCUUACAGCUUAUCCAAGAAAAAUCUGGUUAAAAUAAUCCUAUGGGAAAGCCUGGAUACGGCAAUGAAAUCUGGAUGGGAGCAUUUCAGCACUCGCCUCUCAGCAAAGGGUGCAGAGAGGGGCUGUGGAUUGUCCAGGCUAGUGGGGAGCCCCCGGCAUUUUUUUUCACCAGCCUUUGGGGGGCUCUUGUGACCACUUUAUUAGUAGACCCACCCCCUCGGAUCACCCUUCUUGAGCUUAAUGACUAAGGCUGCAGAAAGUCAUUCUACACAGGUAGGUGUAGUCUGGUUUGGUUGGACCUAGGACCCUCAGCAAUGGAUCUG